AUGCCGGGCUCGAUUGGAAGCGAUGAAUUCGACGACGACGAGAGCUUCAUUCUGGAUAUCGACGGUAUACAAGCCCAUGGCAUUGGUGCAGCCGACAUCACUAAGCUAAAGACCAACGGAUUCUACACGAUUGCUUCCGUCCACGGCGCCACCCGAAAAACCCUUCUCAAAAUCAAAGGAUUCAGCGAAGUCAAGGUCGAGAAAAUCAAAGAGGCAAUUCAAAAAUGCCUUCCCGCAGCCUCGGGUUUCGUCACAGCAAUGGAACUCCAUCAUCAACGUAAGAAAGUCGUCCGCAUCUCAACCGGUAGCAAGCAAUUUGACUCCAUCCUCAAUGGCGGCUUCCAAAGCAUGAGCAUCAGCGAAGUCUUCGGCGAAUUCCGCUGUGGCAAAACACAACUCUCGCACACAAUGUCCGUAGUCGCCCAACUACCGAAGGAAGCAGGCGGGGCAGCUGGCAGAGUUGCCUACAUCGACACAGAGGGCACAUUCCGACCCGAGCGCAUUGCUCAAAUUGCCGAACGGUUCGGAAUGGACCCCGACACGGCGCAAGAGAAUAUUUCCUACGCGCGCGCACUGAACAGCGAGCACCAGUUCGAGCUGCUGAAUACACUUUCUCAGGCAUUUGCGGGUGGCGAGUAUCGAUUGCUUGUUAUUGAUAGUAUUAUGAACUGUUUUCGUGUUGAUUAUUGCGGUCGUGGGGAGUUGGCGGAUCGGCAACAGAAAUUGAAUCAGUUUUUGAUGAAGCUAGCGCAUAUGGCUGAAGAGUUUAAUGUUUGUGUCUUGAUGACAAACCAGGUCCAGAGUGACCCUGGUGCUAGUGCUCUCUUCGCUGGAGCUGAUGGUCGCAAGCCGGUUGGUGGUCAUGUUCUUGCUCAUGCUUCCACUACUCGUGUGCUCCUUCGGAAGGGUCGUGGUGAUGAGCGAGUUGCGAAGAUCCAGGAUUCUCCUGACUGCGCUGAGCGUGAGGCAAUCUAUGUUAUUACCAAUGGAGGGAUCAAUGAUCCUGACAAGGCUUGA